AUGCACGUCUUUCGUAGAUUUAUUGCUGUCCUCUCUGGUCUUGUCGUCCUUAUCCUCCUCUACCGCAUGCACACUGCUCCCGCCGUGCCUCUGACGCGAACGCCACCAGCCAAACAAGAACCAGGAACCAUGGCUCCCAUCCGCCUUGCCAUCAUCGAGGCUGACACGCCGCAGCCCAAGGCCAACGAGAAGUUUGGCGGAUAUCGCGGACUGUAUACCGAAAUGCUGCGCAAGGCUGCCGAGAUACUCGAACCGCCUCAGCCACUAGAGGAGGUGCUCAAGAUCACGGGUCACCAUGUUGUUGACGAUAAGGACCCGUAUCCCAACUUGGAUAACAUCGAUGCCAUUCUCAUCUCGGGAUCCAAACACACUGCGUACCAUGACGAUGCGUGGAUUCUGAAUCUGGUGGAAUUCACCAAGAAGGCGCUGGCCACUAAGCGCGUCAAGGUUAUUGGCGUCUGCUUUGGCCAUCAGCUCUUGGCUAGAGUAUUGGGCGCACCCGUCGUCAAGAAUAAGAAGGGAUGGGAGGUGUCUGUUAUGCCAAUUCACUGCACAGAUAAGGGCAAAGAAAUCUUUGGUAGAGAUAUACUGAACAUUGAGCAAAUGUAUUCCGACAUUGUAUACGAAGUCCCUGAAGGCUCGACAGUACUGGCGAGCAACGACAUGUGCCCUAUCCAGGCGCUGUAUUCCGAGGGAAGCUACAUCAGCAUUCAGGGCCACCCCGAAUUCACAGGCGAGAUCAUGGACGAGAUCUUGACCAACCGCCGUGGCGUUUUGUUUACCGAUGAGAUGUCUGACGACGGAAUGCGCCGCGCGCACCUUGAACAGGACGGUGCGAUUAUUGCCAAGGGUUUUAUUCGCUUCCUCCGCCAGGGCUAA